CCCAAAACUUUGCGCCCAAUGUUACAAAAUCAGCCAUUGGUUCAUUUCAAGUCAUGCGCCAUUUUCUUCUUGUUCAACAACAACAAAACUAAGUAGGCCAUGGCCGAUGAAGAAAAUGAAACAAUUACUGAUAGUCAAAAGGCGGAGGUGAAGGGUGACGAGGUUAAUGAAUCAGAAAACAAUGAGUCAGAAGAUGCCAAAGAGGCGAAAAAGGUCGAUGACAAGCCAGAAGAUAAGCCUGUAAAAAAAGAAACAAAAAACCAGAAGAAAGAAAAGCCGACAGCAAAGGAAGACAAGAAGAAAGAUGACGAUGAAAAGGAAGAGAAUGAUGAUGAGGAGGAGGAAUCUGAUGAAGAAGAGUUACCGCCUGGUCUGCUUGAAGUUCCUUUGGUUGUAGAAGGCAAACGUGAAAAGAAGAAGGUGGACCGACUCUCUGCCACAAUGAUGCAGAGUUUGGGAGAAAAGAAAAAACUUGAAAUAGAAGAAGGAAAAGGAACAAAACUUGGUGAUAUUCCAUUCAUUGACCACCAGAUCAACAUUACUAAAGCCAUUGACUUGAAGCCUCUACACAGAGUGCUGUAUAUACGAACUGGUUCUACAGCAGAAAUAAAAAAAAAUAUCCGUCAGUUUUCAGGCUUCACACAUUCGAAAGAUUCCAAAGAACAUGAAAAAAGGCUCGGGAUCAUGAACAAAAUGAUAACUGCAGAAUUAAAGUCUAUGUGUCUGGUCCUUGGGUUGGAGCGCAGUGGCACCAAGUCCAACCUGGUUGAGAGGCUAGAAGAGUUUCUGAUGGAACCAAAAGACAAAGGAUUGAGUGUCAAGGUCAAGUCAAAAAGUAAAUCAGGGAAAGCCAAGAAGAAAGGUGUGAAAAGGAAGAGAAGCACUGCGGGAGACAAGAAGAAAGCCAACAAGAAAGACAAGGAGGACUCUGUAGAGGAAGAGAGUGAGGAAGAGGAAGCCAGUGAGAAGGAGGAAGAGGAGGAGGAGUCUGAGGAAGAUGAGGAGGAAGAAGAAGAGGAACCAAAAAAGAAAAAAGCUAAAACAGAGCCAAAGAAAAAAGCCACAGAGAAAGCACCCAAAGAGAAGUCUAAAGAAAAUGGCAAAAAGAACAAAGAGAAGAAAGCAGAGAAAAAAGCAGAAAAGAAGCCUGAGAAGAAGCCUGAGAAGAAGGCAGUGAAGAAAAAGACUGUCAAAAAGAAACCUGCUGAUGAGGAAUUGUCUGACAGUCUGUCUUCAGAUUCUGAUGAUGAAGUAAUUGCUAAGUUGAACAGUAAAACUAAAUCACCUCCUUCGAAUGAAGAAAUCAAAGAACUGGUGAAAAAAAUUCUGGAUGGAGCAGAUCUUGAAAAAGUAACGAUGAAGACAGUUGUUAAACAGGUCUAUGCUAAGUACCCGUCAUUUGAUUUGUCAGACAAAAAAGACUUUAUUAAAGACACAGUGAGAGAGGUCAUUUCAUGAACAGAAGUGUACAUUCUAUUUUUAGGCAGCUGCAUGAAACUUGGUGAAAGUGUGAGAAUGUGGAGUUAGAAAUGUUCCACUUUUAUUCUGUUUCAUUCGUAAUAUCAACUAUGUUGUAGAUCUUGAAGAAGCAUCUUGACUUGACCUUUUUUUUUUUUUUGUUUUUUUUUUUUUUUUUUUUUUUUUUUUUUUUUUUGCGGUGCCUUUUGUUGCAACAAAAAUAUCAUGCUCUCAAGUCAAUUGUCGAGUGUUUUUUUUUAACGCAGAUUUCGUGAUGAAUUGUUUUCUCUUUAAAUUUUAAUCUAAUCACAACUUACAAAGUUCAAAGAUAAUUCCUUAUGCAUUUCUCAUCAGUGAAGAGUUGUUGUGAUUAUCUCGCUUUUAAUUAUUGCAAGCGGUCAAUAAAGAUGUUCGUGUGGUCAAUAAAGAUGUUUAGCAAACAAAUGUAUAAAUUCAAGAGAUAAUCUUGGUAUGAAAAUUACAUGAAAUACUUAAUGAUGCAAACAAGCAUAUUUUCGGUAAAUGCUUAAUUUAACAAUUAGUUCUGGACCACUAAGAGAGAGGGUGGUGUUUUAAAAUCUAGCUUACACUCUUUUAGCGACUUGAAAAAUAUAUACAUAUAUAUACCAAAACACUUUGCGAUAUAAGGAACAGAUGAUAUAUACUAACAAGUUAAGCCGCAAAAAGGGCGAAAGGAGUAUGUCAAUGUCAUAAGAUGUGUGCAUUUUAUUACUUUCUUUUUUUUCUGUGUCAUUGUUUCAUGCAUUUUUAUUACUGAAGCAAGAAAAUGAAGACAAUGUCCUUUUUAAACUUAAAAACUUGUCUGAAAAUAAGCAACAACCAAAAAAUUGUCAAAAGUCUUGUAAAAUAACAUGUUUAACAAGUUAUGGAAAAGUUCAAUUUGCCUUCUGUGCACAUACAAAAAAAAAAGACUAUAAUUAUAAACUAUUCUAUUCCUGCUUCAUUACCAUCACCCUGGUAAGUGUAUAUAAUAAAUAUAUCUAAUCCAUAGACAUAUAUAAAGUAUAUUUUUUUGUCAUCAUUUGUUUUUAUUCAUUUCUUCUCAUUUGAUUCCAAGCUGCUAUUUUGUAUGGCCUAUCAACUUGUUUUCUUAGCCCAAUUGUGUUGCUAUGUUUUUUUUUUAAACAAAGGUAUAUAAUUUUGGCAAAUGUCUUGUUGAUAUUUUUAAAUCCACAAAUUUAUUUUUUUUUGGAUGGAGUAUCUUUUAAGUUGCAUGUAGAUAUCGAAGGCUUUUAAUUGAAGUGUUCCUAUUAUUGGAGCAAUUUUUUUUAUAUCGAUUGGCAGAUCGGAUUAUAUUUUUAUAAAUGAUUCUCAAGUGAAUUGAUUUUUGUUGCGAUUGGGUGCAAUUGUAAUGCUGAAAGUGUUUGAAGAAGCAUGUGUAUUGUCUAGGGUUUAAAAAACCAUUCAACUGUACAAUACAGACUUCAUUUCGAAGAAGCUACUUUGUUUCAUUUUGUAUGUCGAGGUAUUUUAUUGGUAGGGUGUAACAUUUAGCACGACCUGGCAUGUACUACUAAACUUGAAGCUAUUGUUACCACAUGCCCUAAUAUUUUAUCUUUGAAUAGUUUCUCUGUACAAUACUUACACAAUUUUAUACCACAGAAAGGAACCUUUUUUUGACCGAGUUGUAUAGACUGUUUAUUCAUUGACAUUUUUCUGAAAGACUUCAUUGUUAUAUAUGAGGAAUGUUCCAUCAAUCAAUAAUGGAGGGUGGUGUAGAUCAAUGACCUCCACAAUGUUAAAGUACUGAAGGGUACAGCUCUACGCUUGUGGGAAAUAGUCCAAUGGGAUCAAUCCUGAUCUGUUGUAUUCUGCACAGCAUGUACAAGUUGGGAGGUGUUGGAUGGUGCUACAGGCUAGAUCAGGGCUGUAGCCUGGGUAUCACUUGACUAUAUAAUCUGUGAACAGCUGUCUCUUGUAAUAGUUAUUGAUAUAUUGAUGCUGGUCCCAACUAAUUCACUUUUGUCAUUGUUAUAGGCUGGAAAAUAUUUGAUAGUUUCAAAACAGUUUACAGAUCUUUGAUUUGUUUGAAUGGCUUAAGUCCCUCAGGAACAAUCUAGGUUCACUGGGCUAUGUUUUUGUUUUCAUUGACUCCAUGUUUUUGAUCAAUGUGGCCAUUUCAGAUCUCCUCUGUACCGCAUUAUUCAAUGUAAUAAAAUAUGAUGAUUGUG